AUGUUUUCCAAGCUUGUAAUAUUCAUACUGGUAAGCUUAGCAGCAGCCGAAGAUCUCAGUUUCUUCUACAAUGGUUUCCGCUCCGAUAACCUUAGCCUAAACGGCAUAGCAGGAGUCACACCCAAUGGUCUUUUGAGGCUUAUAAACGACACUAAACAGAACCAGGGUCAUGCCUUCUAUCCCCACCCAGUAACCUUCAAGAACUCAUCUAAUGGUACAGUUUUCUCCUUCUCUACCACUUUUGUCUUCGCUAUUAGAUCAGAAUAUGCAGAUCUGAGUGCCCAUGGCAUGGCUUUCGUUGUUGCUCCAACAAGAGGCCUUCCCGGAGCUCUUCCAAGACAGUACCUUGGCCUUUUCAAUGAGACCAACAACGGCAAUGCCACCAAUCAUGUUUUUGCUGUAGAGAUCGACACCGUCCAAAGCAGAGAGUUCCAUGACAUGAAUGACGACCAUGUCGGAAUCGAUAUUAAUGGUUUGAAUUCUGAGAUAUCUGCUCCAGCGAGAUAUUUUGCUUUGAACAAGACAAUGCUUGUCAACAGUCAGGCAAUGCAAGUUUGGGUGGACUAUAAUGGGAUGGAGUAG